GAUGAGGAAAGAGGCUUCUAUAAAGGGAUUCCGUUUUGCUAUGAUGAAAGAAAACAAUUUUGAACAUUAAUCGGAUUCACUUUUAUACUUUCCCAUUACUUCUUCGAAUUUUGAUUACAGUUGCUUUGCGAUUGUUUAUUCUACUUUGAUCAAGAUAAUAAAAUAACAAGUUUGAUGUCUCGAGACGACCGAGCAAAAAUGGAAACCUCAAGGCCAACAACAGUGGUCUCUGAUACUGAUUUGGAAAAGAGUACUGCGCCUUCGAUUCGUGAUUCGAUAUCGAGAGAGAAAAAGAGCAGCACAGAUGGUGCGGAUUUAGAAAGUGGAGAGAUAAACAAUAAUGGCCCAGGGGAAGAUGGUUUAGAGUAUCCAAAGGCUUUUGCAAUGGUGAUGAUAGUGAUUGCUUUAUCGCUCAGUAUCUUUCUUGUCUCUCUGGACAUGACGAUUGUGGCUACAGCAAUUCCAAAAAUCACCGACCAGUUCCACGGCUUAGAUCUUGUCGGCUGGUAUGGUUCUGCAUUCUUUCUCACAGUCGGUUCCUUUCAAUCAACAUGGGGAAAAGCCUACAAAUACUUUCCGCUAAAGAUAACUUUCCUCAUUGCCAUUUUCAUCUUCGAACUCGGGAGUUUAAUCUGCGGCGUUGCUCCGAAUAGUACCGCUUUGAUAGUAGGUCGAGCCAUUGCAGGACUUGGUGGUGCUGGAAUUGCCUCCGGAGCAUAUACAAUCAUAGCAUUCGCAGCACCUCCCUCCCAACGUGCAGCUUAUACGGGUAUUCUAGGCGCAUCUUAUGGAGUGGCAUCUGUAGUAGGGCCACUUCUCGGAGGUGUGUUUGCAGAUAAAUUGACAUGGCGUUGGUGUUUCUACAUUAAUCUGCCGAUUGGUGGACUCGCAGGAGCUAUCAUCCUAUUUCUGUUCACUACACCUAAAAAUGCAGUACCAACUCCUGCUACCCUCAAGGAAAAGAUCUUACAGAUGGAUUUCCCAGGAACAUUUACAAUCAUGGCCAGUCUCGUCUGUUUCUUCCUGGCUCUUCAGUGGGGUGGCCAAACGAAAGCCUGGAAAUCUGCCGAUGUCAUCGGUACUCUCAUCGGCUUCGUUCUUCUCCUCAUUCUCUUCAUUGUAAUCCAAUAUUUCCAAGGCGAGCGUGGAGUUAUCGUCGGCCGUUUGUUGAAAGAACGUACAGUUUCUGUAGGAAUGGUAUAUGUAUUCUUUCUCUGCGGCGGAUGGUUCCUUCUACUCUACUAUCUCCCCUAUUACUUUCAAGUCGUCUCUGGAGUUUCGGCUUCUCAAUCUGGUGUGCGAAAUCUGCCAAUGAUUAUAGGUACCACUAUCGCAACCAUCAUCUCUGGGGGAUUGAUCUCUGCAUUUGGCCAUUUCGUUCCAUUCAUGAUCAUCGGCGCAGCCGGCGCAACAAUCGGAUGCGGACUCCUCUACACGCUCGGCGUCGAUUCCACCUCGGCACAAUGGAUAGGCUACCAAGCCCUCGCCGGCCUCUCCACGGGCUUUGUUUUCCAAAUCCCCGUCAUCUCCGCCCAAGCUACCGUCUCCCAAGCCGAUCUUUCUUCCGCGACGGCAAUGGUGUUGUUCGCCCAAACAAUCGGUGGUGCAUUCUUCAUCUCCAUCGCAGAAGCGGCUUUCGCAAACCGUAUCUUGCAUGUUCUUCCUCACUACGCACCUUCGGUAUCCCCAGCCCAGGUAUUAUCAGUAGGGGUUAGCGAAUUGCGAAAUGUGUUUGGAAAAGAGGGAGAGUUGAUCGAGGGGAUCAUAGAGAGUUAUUUGCAGGGACUAAAAGUUACAUAUGCGUUGGCAAUAACCUGUUGCGGAAUCGCAAUGUUUGUAGCUUUCGGAAGUCACUGGCCGUGGAAGAACUUGAAAGGGAAGGCAUCCAUGAGUGGAGCUGCCUAGUUUGAGAGCUGCCGAGUAGAUAUGCAGGGGCGUACUUGAGGAAUUUUUUAUGAAGGGUAAUAGACAAAUUAAUGACGAGGACUGGGAAAUAUAGAAUUGGGCAUACAUAGACUGCUAUCAAGUAAUAAAUGGCUAGCUCUUCUUAAUUGAAAUGAUAUAAUGUUUUCUCC